AUGGGUGACUCGGGCUCGAUAUUAUGCGUCGUUUCUGUCCUGUUGGGCCAUCGGUACUGCAUGGUGUGGAUACCACGUGCAUCCUGUGAUUCCCUCCUUCAUCAGCAUCUCACAGGUUCUACAAUCUUUUCGUGACCUGCCGCAGCACACAUCUUAUUCUCAAGUGUCAGUUUGAAUCCAUCCCUCAGUCAUGUCAAGAUUCGUCCCUGGCCAUUUCGAUGACUACCAUCCACCCUUGGGAGAGAACCCAGAACGCCUCCAGGACACGGGACAGAUAAACCUCGUGAUCAGUGCAACGCUACAAGUUGUCGUCAAUACAAUUCUGGCGACAUUUUAUUUCGUCAUUGAUCUGCUGUUUUGUUUGGCGACAGACUCUGUGGGCGACCUGCUCGAUGAUACCCUCCAAGCCUUGCGUGAGGAGCCAAGCCAACCAGCACAACCCCAGGAUCCGGUAGAGACAAACCUUGUGAUCAAUGAAAUGCUACAAGUCACCAUCAACAGUUCCGUGUCGGAUCCACUUGAUGAUACCCUCCCGGCCUUGGGUGAGGAACUAAGCCAUCCAGAACAGUACCAGGACCUGAGAGACACACACAUGACUAGAGUGCAACGGGUCGUCGUCACUGCUAUUCGCGCAACUGAUCUUACCCUUGGUCUCCGGCGGAUCCCUACUGGCUUCCACGUGGUAGUAAAGACUGAUAGUGCCGAGUGCCAAACAAGCAACAAGCCUGUGUACGUAGACCAGGUGGUCGUCGAAUGGAACGAGCCCAUACUUCUGCCAUGCAGGCCAUCUUCUAUAGUUCGAGUCACCGUGUAUGCCUCGUUUGAACUGGGUCCCAUGCUCUGUCAUGGAGAGGUCCUCCGCACAUUCGAGAUCUCCGUUAGAGAAUUACUGGAUCGCAGCGAAAAAUUGCAUCCCCUAAUCUUUCAGCCUAAGCAGGGGGAAGCCGUAUCCCCAUGUACUUCACUGUUGAUGACACUGGAGCAGCGACUCUCUGAUCAAAAGGACAUUGCAGUUCUUUGCCCCCGUACUACCUUUACAUCCCGCGAUAUGGAUGCGUUAGCACUGAAGACGGAUGCUGGACAUCGUCUUCUCGCACGAUACCGCAGGACGCAGAACAGUAGUAAUCUCGACCAAUCCAUAAAGCACUUUGAACGUGCCUUGGAUCUCUGCCCCGUGGACCACCCCUACCGUCCUGCAGCCCUAUUUAAUCUAGCCACCGCAAAGUUUGUUAGUUGCCAAGCUGACGGAAGAUACCUCGACCUUGACGCCCCUAUCACUCUAUUUCAAGAUGCACUUGAUUUGCGUCCCAUUGGUCAUCUGGACCGAACCGUCACCCAGCUCCAUCUUGCCAUUUCUCUGUUGUCUCGCUUCACAAAACAGGGAUUUCAAACGGAUGCAGAUAUGGCUGAAGAGUUACUGAGUGAAGUUCUCGAUGUCUGCCACGUCAACAGCCAUGUUUACAGAGCAGCUUUGAUUACAAUCGAUGCAUCCGCUCUGCAUUCUGCUGGAAGCAUUGAUAUAAAUGAUCUUGGGCAGGAGCAGCCCGCCGCAUCCAUACUUCCAUUAGCGCCGGAUCAACUUGUUGAUCGAGCAAAGCAGUGUUUGCAGAGAGAUGAGCCCCGUGACUUAGAUGAAGUGAUAUCCCUUCAUUAUGAUGCACUGGGAUACUAUAACACAGGGCAUGCUCGCCGAGGGCAAUUGCUAUGUAAUCUGGCUGUAAUGCUGGAAAUUCGCUUCGAGCGUCGAGGCAAUGAUAAAGACUUCGAUCAAGCUAUCGCACUUCAGAUGGAAGUGCUGGCUUUGAUCCCGGUCGGUCACACCUAUCGGUACAAGGCAUUAGACAACCUCGCGAAUCACCUCUCCAUUCGCUUUAAGCGCCGAGGCAACGACGAAGACUUAGAUCAGGCUAUCACACUUCGCAGGGAAGCGCUGGCUUUGUGCCCAGUCGGUCACACAGAUCGGUUUUUGCUAAUAAGUAACCUCGCGGCUCAACUCUCCAUCCACUUUCACCAUCGAAGCAAUGCUGAAGACUUGGAUCAGGCGAUUGCACUUCAGAGGGAAACUCUAGCUUUCUGCCCAGUCGGUCACACAGAUCGGUCUGUGUUAUUAAACAACCUCGCGACUCAUCUCUCCACUUGCUUUGAUCACCAAGGCAAUGGCGAAGACUUGGAUCAGGCUAUCGCACUUCACAGAGAAGCGCUAGCCUUGCGCCCAGUCGGUCACAUAGAUCGGUUCAUGUCGUUAAACAACCUCGCAAUUCAACUCUCCAUCCGCUUUGAGCACAGAGGCAAUAAUGACGACGUCGAUCAGGCUAUUGCACUUCAGACGGAAGCGCUGGCUUUGCUCCCAGCCUGUCACACAGAUCGGUUUGCACCAAUAAGUAACCUGGCGAGCCAACUCGAUAUCCGCUUUGAGCACCGAGGUAACGACAAAGACUUGGAUCAGGCGAUCGCACUCGGGAGAGAAGCGUUGGCUUUGCUCCCAGUCGGUCACACAGAUCGGUCUAAGUCAUUGAACAACCUCGCGAAUCAAAUCUCCUCCCGUUUUUUCCACAGGGGCGACUACGAAGAUUUGACUCGGGCGAUUGCACUUCACAGGGAAGCACUGACUCUGCGCCCAGUUGGUCACACAGAUCGGCCCUCGUCAUUACAUAACCUUGCCAAUCAACUCUCCAUCCGCUUUGAGCACCGACGCAACGACGAAGACUUGGAUCAGGCGAUUGCACUUGAGAGGGAAGCACUGGCUUUGUGCACGGUCGGCCACAAAGAUCGAUCUGCGUCGAUGAGUAACCUCAGGAGUCAACUUUCCAUCCGCUUUCAGCACCGAGGCAAUGACGAAGACUUGGAUCAGGCUAUCGCACUUCACAUGGGAGCGCUGGCUUUGUGCCCAGUCGGUCAUACAGAUCGGUGCAGAUCAUUAAACAGUCUCGCGUAUCAAAUCUCUUCCCGCUUUAAGCAUCGAGGCAACGACAAAGACUUGGAUCAGGCGAUUGAACUUCAGAGAGAAGCGCUGGCUUUGUGCCCGGUCGGUCACAGAGAUCGAUCCAUGUUAUUAAAUCACUUUGUGAUGCAGCUCUCCUUCCGCAGUGAGCACCGAGGUAAUGACGAAGACUUGGAUCAGGUUACCGCACUUCUUCGGGAAGUGCUGGCUUUGUGCCCAGUCAGUCACACACAUCGGCCCUCGUCAUUACACAGCCUCGCGAAUCAUCUCUCUAUCCGCUUUAAGUACCGAGGCAAUGACAAAGACUUGGAUCAGGCUAUCGCACUCCAGACGGAAGCACUGGCCUUGCACCCGGUCGGUCACAGAGAUCGGUCCAUGUCAUUAAACAACCUCGCGAAUCACCUCUCCAUCCGCUUUCAUUACCGAGGCAAUGACGAAGACUUGGAUCAGGCUAUCGCACUUCACAGAGAAGCGCUAGCCUUGCGGCCGGUCUGUCACACAGAUCGGUCCUCGUCAUUAUAUAACCUUGCUAAUCAACUCUCCACCCGCUUUGAGCAUCAACACAACAAAGAAGACCUCGACGAGUCACGAGAGAACCUACACUGUGCAUUGGCUCUGUUGACGCAACAUGAUCCUCGUCAAUUACUAGUCCACAGGUCACUAGCUGACGUCUAUCUAUCAUUCCAUCAUUCAGACCUUCACGGCACAAGCACAGGCGAAGAUAUGGACGAUCUGAAUGCUGCCAUGCACCAUAUCAAGGCAGCAGCAAAUGUUGUCUCUGGAGGCUUGCUAUCCCGCCUACGAGCAAGUCUACGCUGGGCGCACUAUGCUAGUCGACAUUCACAUGGUACUCAACUGGAGGCUUAUGCAACUUCCAUGCAACUUCUGGACGCUUACAUGUAUAUGACAGCUUCGGUAUCGUCUCGUCGUGAUGCCAUGAAGGAAUUCCCAAGUACGCUUGCUGUUGAUGCUGCAUCGUGUGCUCUUCGCAGUGGUGACGUGCGUCGUGCUGUUGAGUUGUUGGAGCAAGGCAGGACUAUCAUCUGGACACAGAUGGCACGACUCCGCACGCCUCUUGACAGCCUUCAGACUCGCGGUGAUCAUGCAGUGGCUCUGAUGAAGAGAUUCAGAGACCUCAGCUCCCUCCUUGAUAAACCUCGUGCGAGCCAUUUAGAAGGGACCACAAGAGUCAAUAUAGAAGCAGAAGAAACCCGGUACAGACGUCUAGUGGAGGACUGGAAUAGAGUUGUAGAAGAGAUCCGGAAGAUCGAGGGCUUUUCUCGCUUCCUACUUCCCCCUUUGUUCUCCGAUCUUCAAGAUGCAGCUCGUGAUGGCCCUCUCAUUGUUCCCAUCACAAGCGUGUCGUCUUGUCAUGCUAUUAUAAUACCGCACAAGAAAGCUCCGACUAGCCUUCAACUCCCUAUCAAUUUUGAAAAACUCCGGAGAUUGGUGCUCGCACUCCAGAUGGCGAUCAAUAAAGAGGCCGGUCCCAAAGGGAGCCAACCAGCGCUAACAAAGGCUUUGAGGGAGCUGUGGGACGGCGUCGUCUGCCCGGUGGUCAGGAGUCUGGGCGGAUUUGCACAACGAGGUUCCCGAAUAUGGUGGUGCCUGACGACUUUCUUCAAUUUCUUGCCAUUACACGCUGCUGGCGAGUACAGGGCAAAUGGAGAGUCCCUUUCGCAGCAAUAUAUCUCUUCAUACACGCCAUCGCUUACCGCGCUGAUAAAGGCUCGCAGGCAUGUUAGGUCCCCGUCAGUGUCCUUUGCUGCCAUUGGUCAGAAUCUCCCGGCCGGUGCUUUAUUUGCUUUGGAUGGUGUAGAACCUGAGCUGGAAUUGGUGCGGAGUCUCUUACCUUCAAGUGUUUCCUUUACCAAGGUGACAAGUGUCGAUGCAACAAAAUCGAGAGCACUACAUGCAUUGCAGGAUAAUACUUGGCUUCAUUUCGCGUGUCAUGGGACACAGAGAUUCGACAAACCCUUCAAUUCAGCCUUUCUCAUGCGUGACCAACCGCUUUCCCUCCUUGAUAUAACCCAAAUGGAUCUCUCUCAGCAUCAAUUUGCAUUUCUUUCUGCCUGCGAAACCGCACUUGGUGAGCCUACAACACCCGACGAAGUGAUCUUUGGGGGACGCUCUAACGUUUUGAGAGAAGGGAUACUGUUCAAAUGUAUUGGGUGCGUAGCUAUGGUACAGUUUGACUAG